AUGGCCUUCCUCUGGAUCCUCUCUUGCCUCGCCUUCGUCGGCGCCGCCUACGGUUGCGGCAGUCCCGCCAUCCCCCCCGUCGUCACGGGUUACUCCCGUAUCGUGAACGGUGAGGAGGCGGUGCCUCACUCCUGGCCCUGGCAGGUGUCCCUGCAGGAUUAUACUGGUUUCCAUUUCUGCGGCGGCUCCCUCAUCAGUGAGAACUGGGUGGUGACAGCGGCUCACUGCAACGUCAGGACUUCCCACCGCGUGAUCCUCGGAGAACACGACCGCUCCUCCAACGCCGAGGACGUCCAGGUGAUGAAGGUCGGCAAGGUGUUCAAGCACCCCAACUACAACGGCUACACCAUCAACAACGACAUCCUGCUCAUCAAGCUGGCCAGCCCCGCCCAGAUGAACAUGCGUGUUUCCCCCGUGUGUUUGGCCGAGACCGGAGACAACUUCCCCGGAAGCAUGAAGUGUGUGACCAGCGGCUGGGGCCUGACGCGCUACAACGCUCCUGACACCCCCGCCCUGCUGCAGCAGGCCUCCCUCCCCCUGCUGACCAAUGAGCAGUGCCGUCGUUACUGGGGCAACAGGAUCAGCGACCUGAUGAUCUGCGCCGGAGCCUCCGGAGCCUCCAGCUGCAUGGGCGACUCUGGCGGUCCUCUGGUCUGUCAGAAGGCCGGCGCCUGGACUCUGGUUGGUAUCGUGUCUUGGGGAAGCGGCACCUGCACUCCCACCAUGCCCGGCGUUUACGCCCGCGUCACCGAGCUGCGCGCCUGGGUGGACCAGACCAUCGCCGCCAACUAA